UGACAGGCCCCGCCCACUCCUCCGCCUCAGAGAGACAGAGAGCGCUGCUCCGCCGGCUGCUGAAGACUUCAACAUGUCGCAGGCGAUAUUUGAGGUGCUAGAAGGAAUGGACAAUCAGACUGUCCUUGCUGUCCAGUCUCUUUUGGAUGGCCAAGGUGGAGUCCCAGAUCCCAGCAAUCAGGCUGUGUCAGGGACCACCAUCCAGUCAAUGGAUGAUGAUGACGUUUUCCUCUGUGGAAAGUGUAAAAAGCAGUUUAACUCUUUGCCAGCGUUCAUGACACACAAGAGGGAGCAGUGCCACCCCAACACCCCCUCACUGGCCACUGUCUCCCUGGCCUCCAGCAACGCCUACACCUCCGUCCCCUCCAUCAGUACUGUUCCACAGCCCCCUAUCAACAGACAGGUGUCCACAUACAUCACAGUGCCCCCCUCUCCUCUCACACACACACUGGUCCAGGGGAACGUUCUGGUCAGCGAUGAGGUUCUCAUGUCUGCCAUCUCUGCAUUUACUUCCAUGGACCAGCCCAUGGCUGCCAUGCAGGCUUCCACUCAGAGUCAUCUAAGCAUGCCUUCAGCAGCAUCAUACCUGCAGCAUCACCCACAGUCCCACCACCCGCUCCCCCAGAGUCAAGCACCUCCCCUCUCCGCUCAGGUUCCCUCCAGCAACAACAACUCCGUGGUGCAGGUUUACAGCACUCUGCCCUCGAUGACUGGUAAUGCAGAGGUGCAUGCACUUGGCCUGCAGCCGUUUCAGACAGUUCAGGGACCCAGUCAGUGUGUGGAGAGUCAGAGCCAGGCAUUCAGCAGUGCUCCUGCCUACAGUCCAGCAAAAAUAGCAAUCAAAUCCAAACCCUGCAGCAGCACCGCGCCAGCUCUGACUGAACUGGGAGAAUACGACAAGGUCAUCAUCCCCAAGAAAACACGAAACACCAAGAAAGGACAGGAUGUAGGACAAGUGAAAGCGAAAGGUCAGAAGUUAAAGUGCAAUUUCUGCGACAAAGUGUUCACCAAGAACUUUGACCUGCAACAACACCUCAGAAGUCACACGGGGGAGAAGCCGUUCCAGUGCAUCGUGUGCGGCCGUGCUUUUGCUCAGAAGUCCAACGUGAAGAAGCACAUGCAGACGCACAAGGUGUGGCCAGCUGGUGCUCACUGCACCGUGUCCAGACUGCCCAUCUCUGUGAAAGUGGUGUCUGUGAACAUGGAUGAAAACACACUGCAGCCAGCAGAGGCUCAGGAAGCGCAGGAAGCUGUGGAGCAGAGUGAGUGUGAGCUGCAGGAGGAUGUGGACGGUGCGUCCGAGGCCAAAGGUCCUGGUCAGGCCCAGAAUAAGCAAAUCAUACUGAUUGACAGCUCUUACCAGUGCCAGUUCUGCGCAGCCAAGUUCAGCACCUACUUCCAGCUCAAGUCCCACAUGACCCAACACAAAGAAGAGCAGGUGUACAGGUGUGUGGUGAAGACCUGCUCUCAGACCUUUCAGAAGCUCGACCUGUUUCUGGAACACAUCCGGACUCACCAGGAGCACCUGACCUACCGCUGCCACCUCUGCUGUAAAGUCUUCCCCUCCCUGUUUGAACUGGGGCUGCACCAGUACUCCCACAGCUUCUGCCCCCAGCAGAACCGCCGCAAGGAGACCAACUACUACAGGUGUAACAAAUGCCAGGGUAAAUACUCCACACAGGAAGCUCUGGAGCAGCACCUCCUCACCGCCUCCCACAACUACCCCUGCCCACACUGCCAGAAGAUUUUCCCCUGUGAGAGGUAUUUCCGCAGACACCUCUCCACUCACGGAGCCGUCAGCAAAUUCAAAUGCCAAAUCUGCAAGAAGUUUUUCAAAACAGAGCACUAUCUGAAACUACACACUCAGAUACACUCAGGAGAGAAGCCGUACAAAUGUUCGAUCUGUGAGGCCACUUUCAACCGCAAGGACAAGGUGAAGAGACACAUGCUGAUCCACGAACCCUUCAAGAAGUACAAGUGCCCUUUCAGGACACACGUUGGCUGCACUAAAGAGUUUAACAGGCCAGACAAGCUGAAGGCCCACAUCCUCUCUCAUUCUGGCAUCAAGCCGUUUAAGUGCCAGUUGUGCCAGAAGAGCUUCAGCCGGCGAGCUCACAUGCUGGAACACCAGCGCUCUCACACCAACAACUACCGCUUCCGCUGCAGCAACUGCAGCAAAGGCUUCAGCCGCCACAAGUACUACCGGGACCACAAGUGCCCCCUGACAGCAGCAGCUUCAGGAGAGGGUGGAGAGAGGCAGAGACGGGGGAGGAGCAGUGAUGGUAAAGGAACAGAUGAAGCUCAAGAACCUGAUGCAGAGGAGCCUGAGACACCAGAGACUCCAGAGGAGGAGGAAGAGGAGGAGGAUGAUGAAGACGAUGAUGAUGGAAACGAUGAGGGAGAGAUGACUGUGAGCGGAGUGCUGGAGACAGGAACUGAGGACAGGGAGGAGGAUGAGGAGGAGGAUAGGGAUGAAGGUUUGGCAGCGGGUGCAGGCCUUGUGCAGAUGCAGGUUGUUUAGAACCGCUGGAGAGUGUGGGUGAAUUUAGUGUUCGUCAACCUCACAGUGCUGUAUUUUGUUUUAUAUUAAAACAGAUAUUUAUGUAAUUUUUAAUGAAAUUAUUUAUAUAAUGAUGAUAACUUAUGUAAUUUAUUCUAUUGCUGCUAAUGUUGUUCAAGUGGAGAUAAUGCUGCUAUUGUGCUCUUCAAUAAAGAUGUACU